AAAAAUGUUUCAUAAUCUACUUAAAACAGUUGUUCGUUCGUAUAUGCAAGUGCCUGUGUACAACUCUCUAAAAAUGUUCACACAUAAAUUAUGCGUAUUUCCUAAAGCCCCCAUCUUCCUGCUCUGUCGAACUAAUCCCUGUGUUUUAAUUCUGACACUUGUUCCGUUUAAAACGUUAUUAUAAUGUUGUAAAUCAACUCUCGUCGAAAUUGCUUUCUUUAUUCGUUUUUAAACUUUUUUUUUUCUUUUUCCUUGUAUUGAGGAAAUUGAAAGACGAGAUCAUAGAGAAAAACAUGGAGGGAACUUGCGAUAAAGAAAUGAUCUCGAUGUUCUUCGCGGGACUAGCUGUUGGAAUUCUCCUUUUCGUUUUAAUCUUUGCACUCCUUUGCAAAUUUCGAUCAAAAUGGAUCAAGAAGUUGGCUGAUAAAUUCCAUCUUUCAUACAUUGAUAGCAACAGAUCCAGCAAAACGGAAAAGCGGAAAACCUAUUCUUUACGAGAACCGCAACCCGUUCCAUCCGACUCGCCCGUCAUACUGAGGAGACGGCCAGUGAACCAAGCGGCCAGUGUGGAUGACGGUCACGUGACAAUACAGUCUCUGUACUCCAGUCCAUGUGAUGCCAAAUUGAACGAAAGAAAUGUGACGCUUCAAUCACUGUAUUCGGUUCCACGUGACGUUGUUCGAAACGGACGUGACGCGCCACAAAAACCAAGACGCGAUGACCGAUAUUCCAAAAAUCCAGAUGAUAUCCAGCCUGGAGAACCCAACAUUAUAUUACCCCCAUUCCGCAGCGAGACGUCCUUAGAGGAAAAUCCAUACAGUGUAGUUCAACGUGUCAGACACAGAAAUCCAGACCAAGUGUUUUAUUUAGCCAAAUGGGACGGCAACCCCCAUUCGGCACCCUCACUGAAUCGGCGUAGUAACGAAACAGACAGACUUUCAGGCAAUCCGGAGUUGCCCAGUGAACGCAGAUCGUCUGCUUUUAAAGCUUACAGGCGUUCCACUUGUCCAGAAUUACAUCUGCGCCAACAGCAGAGAGAGUCUGCGUCUCGGCCCGAGUCCGAGAGUGCAGACUACCUACAAAUUGGAGAGGUCAUCCCAAAUCGAAAAAGUGCUCGUAUAUCUAGAGGGGAGGAGGAACCACUUUAUUACACUUUAGAGAAUGUGACCCCUCUUCCCAUCUUUAUGACCAAACGGCAAUCGGACAGCCAUUUUGGGUCACGUGACUCCCAAAGUUCCACAUUGGGCUCCUCUGGCCCCAUUGGGUCUUUCCAAGGCAGGGUUUCAACAAGUCUUUCUGAGAGGGUUUUGUCCGAGUGUAAAUUUUUGUGGCAGACCUAUGAUGACAUUCCUUCAGAUCAAAUUGAGGGAAAAUCAAAACGAGGUUCUGGAAUCACGACGAGAGUGUGAUUUUCGCUCUUCAGUUCAUUUACACACACAAACACUUUCAAUGCAAAAUUUUCAAACGAAAUAAUAUUUUGUGAAAUACGAGUACAUAUAAUUUCAUCACUGAAUAACUUUAAAACUUGAGUUGCGCUUAAUUUUUCAUAAAAUUAAAAAUAUCAAAUAUUUGCAAUAUUCAAAGUUCUUUCUUGUUGUCUGACAUUCUGUUUGAGAACAUUUCACUUAUAUCCUCGUUUGAACCAGUUUAAAAACUUUGCAACGGAUGUCUAUAAAAGCUAAAAUGCCAUCAAAUCACUAGUCCCAACGGAGAAUGCUUACUUGAACAGUCCCAGAUUUUUGUCACAAACGUUGUACAAACCAUAGAGCCUGGUUCAAGAAAGUAAGGAAAACCUACUAUCAGAAUUUACUUUUCAACCAUUACUGCUGGGUGGCAAACGGACUUUCGCUAUAUCCAACCCUUAACUGACAAACUGUCACAUUAAAAGUAGCCAAUCAUUGAUUGAGCAACUUUCACAUCAGAAUAUUUUAUCUUUUUACCUACCAACUGUUACUUUAGAGUAGCCAAUCGUAAUUAACCUAUUAUUCCUUUAAUACUGGUAACAGAUUAAUUAACCUUCUACUGACAAGCCACCACCGUAGAGUAGUUAUCUUCUACUGACCGUUUAUGACUUCAGAGUACCUUUGCUGACCACCGGCUCCAACGCAUUACUGACCAACUGUCACUCCAGAGUAUUAAAACUCAUCUCAACCCAAUAACACUGUAAAUUACUUAACCCUUAACUGAUCAACUGCUACUGUAGAGUAGCCAACUCAUUAUAAAUUCAAACCAUCCAAAAGUGAAUCAAAUCCUUUAACUGGCAAACAAAGUGCCAUGGAAGAACUGCCAACCUUUUACUUUUUCCCAACUGUCACUGCAGAGUAUCCAGUUCUUUAACUGUCACUGUUGGGUAUGCAACAUCUUCUUAACCAUAUGUCAUUAUAAAAAAGCCAACCCUUCACUGAAUAUAACUGUCAUGUUUUGAGUAGCAAACCUUUAACUGACCAACUGUCAUUAAAGAAAGGCUUAUCCUUUACUGCCCAACUGCCACUUAAAUGUAGUCCACAAAUAACUUACUGUCACUUUAGAGUAGUCAGUAUUUUACUGACAAACUGUCACUGUAUGGUAACUAGCCCCUUACUAAACAACUGUCACUUUAAAGAAGCCAACAC